AUGGAGAAAGCCGAUGAUUACACGGCGUCGUUUUGUCCUAGCUUUAGCAGUUACGCUAACAACGGACUCGCCGAAACCGCCGAGCGAGUUCGACGUGAAUUUUCAGGUGAAUACAACGACGAAGACGACGACGAUAGCUUCGAAUUCGCGAAUCCACGAUCGGACUGUGAGGCGGCGGCGUCUUUCUCCGGCGGCUGCGAUCUCGUGUUUCCGGUUUUCAAUCAGGCUAUAAUCUCCUCCGUGAAACCCGACGAGUCUUCUCGUGCGGAGAUUACGACUAAACUAAGUGAUCUGUUCCUACGCGACCGCGACGAUUCGUCGUCAUCUUCGUCCGACGAAGAGAAAGAGAUUGACGGAGUCUCCAGAGAGGUUUACGGUCCAUGCACGCCGGAGAAACCGCCCGAGGGUGGUUGGAGAAAGAGCAAAUCGACGGGAUCAUCAUCAUCGUCGUCGAGACGGUGGAGGAUUAGGGAUUUGUUGAAGAGAAGUUACAGCGAAGGGAAACAAUCGCUUAGUUUUCUGAAUUCGUCGAGUUCUACAAACAGAGAGGAAUCAUCGAAGGAGAAGGAGAAGAAGAAGAAGGAAGAGAAGGUUUCUUCGGCACAUGAGAAGUUUUAUCUGAAGAAGAAAGCGAAGAAGGAAGAAGAGAAGAGAAGAUCGUAUUUACCGUACAAGCAACAUCUCUUUGGCCUCUUCUCCUUCAACGUUCAUCAUCAUCGCAACGGAAACACCCUUCUUUCUUCCUGA